AUGAACGAAUUUUUCAGUGUCCCAUUUGCCAACGUGGUUUCAAUAGAAGGUAAUUCUGAUAUUGCAUCGGAAAAAACCCAAGUCGUUAACUUGAAUAGAGACGUUCUGCAACGGCAUCAGACCGUGCAUGAAAAAGAACAGGGGGCUAGCGCGCGCUGUCAAGCAAAACAGAUUGAGUGUGUUCCAAAGACAUACAUUCCUCGUCGAAAAAGUGAACAAUACUCUACUCCACAUAUGCCAUCUUUCUCUCCAUCAGAUCAAAACUUCAUCAAUCGUCCAAGGGAAUUGAUGCCACUCGUUCAGGUUGAUACUCCGAGCUCUGCCCAGUCUGACCUCAGUCCCCUUCCAACUACAAUGUCCUAUACAGGAAGCAGUCACGAUACCCAACAGGGUGCCAUCACAUCUCAAACUCAUAUAACCUUUGACGAAUUUAUCUCGCAAGGAAAUGAUACGGCAAUACCUUUUUCGAGUCUCGAUCAGUUUCCAGCCUUCUUUGAACAAGUCAUGCUUCCUAAUGUGGAUGCGUCGCACGACAUCCAUGAAACACAGCAACCUCGUAUUUUCGACUUAAUGCGAGAUAACGAUCCGAUUUCAUUAGCGACAGAUAUAUUCGGUGGGGAGUUCAUUCCAGACCUGGAUAAAAUAUUUGAUGCUACUGUACCCUUCAUGGACUUUGACGAGAAUCAUCCGUCUCCACUAGAUGACCAAGAAUCUGCAAAUCGGCGUGCGGCAGCAUUCCAGCGAUCACUAUGGCUGUGGAUACCAGAAAAGAAUCAGCAUGGCUUCAGUGAAGAACGAAAAAUCACACUGCGCGAUGAGGACAGUAUCUCAUCAACGCACUGGACCCGACUUGAGGCACUACGGAUUCCUGGAAUUUUAUCGUCACAAACAAGAGACGAUAUUUUCAAACUGGUGUUGCGAACUGCAGGAUCGCGGCUUUCUGUGUCGGCUUUUCCGUCCUCCGAAUACCUCGAUACCUUGAUCAAGAUCGGGCUUGGAAAGCGGGUUGAAACUGACGCGUGGAUCCACCUCUACACUUUUUAUAACCCAGAAUAUCAACAACUCCGACCAGAACUACUUACUGCGCUGAUAGCUGCAGGGUGCGUCUGUUGCGGGUUGCCCUCUAUAAGCAAGACAGGCAUUAUUCUUCAAGAAAUUACCCGUGUCAGUCUGGCGCAGCUGGUUGAAGAGGAUAAUAGCGUUCUUCGCGACCUCCAGUACUUACAGGCAUCGAUGCUAUGGCUGGAUAUUGGAAUUUCAUGUGGCUAUACACGAAAGAUGAUGAUUGCAGAAAGCUAUCUACAGCCCCUUUGUACAGCUCUUCGACGCGCUGCUGCUUUUGACAGAUCGACAUACUCUACCAUCACUCCCUACUCUCUUGGAGAUGAUGAAGCAUCUAUCCAACGCGCCUGGCAUAGUUGGUUUACACUACCUCUGCCGGCAGCUCGAGAUCUAUGGAUAGCGCCUACAGCCACAGCUUGGAGAGACAUUUGGACCACUCGCUAUCGAAAUAGAGAUUUAUGUGAAAUUAGCUUGCAUGAGCUCCUGUCAGAUCCAUUACUUAUCAGCAACAUGCCACCACAUCUGGAUUUCGCCAUAGCCAAAUCUGCUUUACUCCAUGGACUUGCCCUGCAGGUAUGGGAGUUUCGUCAGCAGAUGCGCCUAUCUGGGUCUCGCGCUACGACUAAAUUAUGGCUUCAAAGUAGACAGGAAGAUCUAUAUUCAACUCUCAAGACAGUGCAGGAGGAUACACCGAGAUCUCCGCCCGUCACAGUCUUAACGAAUGAGUUUGCUAUGAUGUACCUCCAUAUCGAUAUCGACGCAAUUCAGCGUUUCAUUGGCAAAAUGGGAGAGGUUGAAGCCCGCCGUGCGUAUCCAAGCCUACGAGAAUGGAGUCGAACCAAAGAGGCACGAAUUGCGAUCUGGCAUGCUGGCCAAGUACUCAGAGCUGCACGUUCCGUACCACCUUACCAGUUUCGUGGAUUUGACUCCUUAUCCAUCUAUCAAUCAUCUUUGGUGCUGUGGGUAUACGGAUUAGUAGAGUGUGGAGAGAAAAGACUUGAGAUCCGCACUUCCAUCAAUGACGACGAUAUUACACCAGCUGUCCCACUCGAUGGAACUGAAGACCAGUCAGCGAAAAAUUUCUUGAAUAGAGGCAUUGGUCGACCUGGUUUAAUGCAACACCGGGACGGGCAUGAUUUCUGUGAACUCAGUCGUCCUCGUUCUGUUAUGGCAGUUGCGCGACAAGUGUUUGAAGGAAACCUUCCUCCCCCUUUACCUGGUGAUAUUCUUCCACCGAUGAUUCAAAAUCUCUGUUCAUUGAUUGAAGAUCUGGGGAAUCUGCCAUAA